AAUGAGGAAAAAUCAGGUUUUCCAACUCUGACUGCGAACCAAAUCACAGCUGAAAAAAUGCAAUCCUGCAACAUCUAUGCGUACCUCCAACUCCUCAGUCUGGCUCUGCUUGCCUACAUUGAACUGGCUGUUGGAGCUGAAGAAGAGGUAUCGGUGACCAUUGGAAAUAUUGCUCCACUUAGCUGCUUCCUCUCAGGACAACUUCCAUAUGACCGCCCUGUGAGCUGGUACUGGACACCACUAUAUCCAGAAUGCAGUGGAUCCAAUGGCGGCAAGGUUCUGGAUAUUUAUCCUGAUGGCCGAGCAGUAUUUGAAGAAGAGUUCAAAGGCCGAGUGCUUGUAUACCGAUCAAAAGUAAAGAAGGGUGAUUAUUCGAUCACGCUAAGGGGAGUAAAGAUACCUGAUUCAGGAGAGUUCAUCUGCACCCAUGACGAUCUUUCUGAAGAGAAGAAAGUGAGGCUAAUCGUGAAAACAGGAUGCUGGUCUAACCUCCACCUCACAGUGGACCCACCUAUUGUGUCAGCUGGAGAUAAAGUCACAUUAACAUGCACCUAUUGUGGACCAAAAGUGUUGACACCCCGAAUAAAAUGGCAGUAUGAUGGAUUGUCUAUAUCAGAUACUGGGGUUGUGAGCAUCACCAAUGACGGACAGUCUCUUGUUAUUUCACGAGUGGAUCAGGAGCACCUAAAGAAGUAUGGAUGUAGUCUGGCCAGAAAAGAAUCUGUAGUUUCUGAAAUAUGCCUGGAUAUAGAGCUUGAUUUUCUUGAUACCACAACAUUUGCUGGAGAUUACGACUACCCAGUGAGUACAACAAUUCCCGUUAUUACUUCUGAAUCGACAACUUCAUUGACCACCCAAGAAAUCACCACACAAGUGAUCACAACAGCUGCGACCACAAAUACCUCACAGGUCAUGUGGAACGAUUUAGAAUGGAUGCAGGACACAUCUCCUGAGACCGCGAGCCUGAGAACUGAAAAUUACCCCACCACAAUACGAUCUACGGUAAAAAUGGAGGAAACUUCUGAUCCAUGGAAUGAAGAUAUGAAUCAAGAUCAGCUGGGAUCAGCUGGAAAAGACUGUCCUGUUGUUGUAGCAAAUGGUACAAGUCACCUUCCCAUAUAUAUGUGUAUCAUCCUCGGUGGCAUUCUACUACUUCUAAUCAUCACAUUCCUUAUCAAGCGAUUCAAAGGAUACUGCAAAUAUGGAACCCAUGAUGUGGAACGCAAUGCAAGUGAUCCAAACAACCGUGAUUCUUCAGGUUCAGAGGGAAUGCCACCUGAGAGCCAAGAUGAGUCCCUGGUGCAGACAGGGAAUGAAGAUGGUGGCACUGCAGUGACUGUAGAUGGGACUAAUGAAGAAAUGCACGAGCCCAAGGAUGACGAUGAGGAUACAACAGAAUCAGAGGUGAAAGAAAUUGAUGUCAGUGACUCCAGUCAUGCAAAGGAAUCAGAAGAUGUGGACUCUCAAGAUGAAGACCAGGAAUGAAUGGAUUCUUCACCAAUGCCUCAAAUUUAAUAGUGUUCUCUUGGAUACACAACAGCAGUUUGUGUUAAUGUAGUGCCAGUGCUCUGCUUGCUGACGAACAACUGAUAAGCAUCAUUCACAAGAUCAUGUUUGCUAAAUGUGUCCUAUAUCCUCUCUGUAAUCUUAACCAUUCUAACUUUUAAUGAAACAGUAAUCUAUCUUUUCUCCUUUUAUAAUUUUACUGUUACAGAUGAGCUUAAAAAAAUUGCACUAUUUUUAUAAUACCAUAGAAAGAACCUCGACAUGACUGUUCAUUCCUUGCUUGGUUGAACAAAGUGUGCUGUUAAACAACUUUAUUCAUGCUUUCAAUUAAGAAGUUAGAUAUAAUAAAUUUAUAUU